AUGUCGCUGAUCCCCGUGUACCUGUUUGUGGACGACUCCAACUUCUGGAUUGAGGGCCAAAAGGCGUGUGCGCACUCGCUCGGCCUUAAGGAACCCCGCGACGUGCGGUUUCGCAUCCACCUGGAGAACCUGAUUGCGUUUGUGACGGUCAAGUACGGGCCCAUUAAAGGCGCCCACCUAUUUGCCUCCGAGGCCUUCAAUAGCGAUGGCGUCUGGCGCAAGGCCAAGGAGGUCAAGUUCAAGGUGCACAACUUCUCCCGCUCCCUGCGCGGCAAGGAGAAGGAGGUGGACCAGGCCGUAUGCGUGGAGCUGGCCUUUCAGGCGGCCGUGACGCGCGAGCGCCAUGAGGAGGCGUCCUUUGUCAUUGUCACCGGCGACCGCGACAUGAUGCCCGCCGUGCAUAAGGCCCUGUCCUGCGGCAUCCACGUGCACCUGCUCGCCUUCUCCUCGGGCCUGGCUGAUCAGUACAAGCACCUCGACAAAAACCACAACCUCUUUCAUAUUACCCUCAUGGAUGAGUAUCUGUUUGAGGUUGGCUACGUCGACCACGGCUCCACCCGUAGCGUCAUCGAUAAGCGCCACGCCGUUGUCAUUGCCUCCUUCAACCCGCCGCUCACGGGCGCCAACGCCAAGAUAUCGCCCACCAGCCGCGACGAGGACUCACCGCCGCCCCAGCCCGCCAACAAGUGCCCCACCACCGUGCGCCAGGUGACGCGCGUGCUGGAUACCCUGCACCAGAUGUACUUUAUCCACGUCGCCGGCGGCGGCUCCGCCAUGAUUGUGGAGUUCCCCAAGGCCAAGCUCGACAUCAUCAUCCCGCGCGCGCGCGAUGCCCUGGAGAAGAAAGGCUACACGGGCGUGGAGGUGUACUCGUAUGCGCUGUGGAAGGGCCAACAACAGCAACAGAAGUUGAAGGUCGAUGAGCAGCGCAAGAAGAAGGAGCAGCACCUGACCAACCAGCCGUUUGCUGCGCUGCAGGUGGAGGACCCAGACACCACCACCACCACCAGCGACCACGAUGCUGAUGAAGACGAUGAUGACGAUGAGCACGACGCUGCCAACACUAGUGUUGCGAUGCAUGACGGCGCUGUGGUUGCCGCUGUCACGGAGAAUAGGCACGCCGCAAGCGCUAACCAGCACCACCACGACGACCUCUAUCCGCUGUAUGAUGUCGAAUACCACAAUUACCAACAGCAGCAGGUGGAUGAGCAAGAUCAGCACCAGCAGCAUGAUGAUGCGGAGGCUGCCGACAAGAAGAAGAAGAAGAAGAAGAAGCGCAAGAGGAACAGGAAGAAGAAGCAGGACCAGGAGAACGGCCACGACAACAGCAACGGCGACAACCACGGCGACGAGCAAAGUGAGCAGCAGGAUGCGCAGACGCAGCAGGAGCGUGACGACCACGCCAUUGCAGCGGCCGCGUCACGCGCGUGGAACGACAGCCCCGCCGCCGGCGACGGAUAUCUUGGCCUGGGCAUGAACGGCUUUGGUGCGGCCUCGGACGUGUUUGCCAACCACGAUGGCAGCGGCCGGAGCAGCAACAACAGCAGCGGCAACAGCGGUGGCGGCGGUGGUGGCGCUCUGUUUGACGACUUUAUUGGCGCGUACGGCACGGCCGACACAGGUGCUGUUGGAAACUACGACGCCUUCCACGACUCAACGGCCACCACCAGCAACCGCCUGAGCAGCAGCGGCAACAGCAACAGCAGUGGCAUCGGCACGUCAACGACCGCACCACCACCACCACCACCAGCAACGACGGCGGCGGUGGUUGAUCCGUGGGGCGACACGCAGGCAACUGCGCUCAGCAGCGGUGUGCAGCACACGAACAUGCACACGAGCAACACGACCACGGCUUCCGCUGGCACCAACCCGACGCCGCCGCCGCCAGGCCUGGUCACGCCGCAGCGCAUGGCACACCAGCACCAGCAGCAUCAGCAGCAGCAGCAUCAAGGCGCUGAAGAUGAGCUGCUGCACGACGACGCUGCCAUCAACCACUCGCAGGCCCAAGUCAAUCACCAGCAGCACCAGCACCAGCAGUCAAGUGGCACAUCCCUGCUGUCGUUCCUCAACAACCACCAGCACCAGCAGCAGCAGCAGCAGCAGCCCCUGGAUACGCUGAUGGAGAAGCUGGCUGCGAUGCAGGGCGGUGUGUCGCUCUCACAGCAACAGCAGCAACAGCAACAGAUGCAGCAGCUGGAGAAGAAGGCACAGGAGCUGCUGGGCGUGCUGAAGAUGGUUCAGAGCAUGGAGCAGCAACUGCAGCAACAGCAGCAGCGGCAACAACAGGCCCAGCAGCAGCCGUCGCUGCAACAACAGGCUGAGCAGCUUCAGAAGCAGUUUCAGCUGCAAAGCAUGCGCCAGGACGCCGAGCAGCAGCUGCAACAGCUCCAACAGCAGGUGCUGCAGUAUCAGCAACAGCAGCAGCAGCAGCAGCAGCAGCAGCAGCAGCAGGCGUUUACUUCCGCCGCAACAUCCAUGGCUCCGAGCAGCAGUGUCGCUGGUAUGGGACUGUCCAUGCAGCCGCAGCAGCACCAGCAGCAGCAACAGUACCAGCAGAACUUGUUCGGUAUCACCACCAGCAGCAGCAGCAGCACGGCUGCCGACAGCAUGGGCUUCUCGCCCUCCCUCUGGUCCGGCCAACAACAGCAGGCAGGUGGGCUGCAGGGCUUCAUGUCCCAGCAUGGGCUGGUCGGCACGAGCAGCCACGGCACGAGCCCCUAUGCCCGCAUGAACGGCACGACGCCAACGCCGCCACCGCCGCCACUGGUUGACUCGCGCGCCUUUCCUGGUCAGCCACUCCCCGCUGCCUCAGCCACCACCACCAGCACGCAUGCAACGGCGCCAGCACCACCGCCACCGGCCACGGCCAACGCCGCACUCAGCGCCAGCGGCGCCACGAACAACAACAGCAGUUACAGCAGCGGUGGUGGUGGUGGGCGUGACUUUGUUCCUUUCCGUCUUGGCGGCGGCGGCGACCAGGACAUGUAUGGGCGAAGUGAUGGCCGCGACAUGCAGGACGACACACCUGACUGGGGGAUCAGUGACGGUGAUGACGACACGACGUGGCCGUCACUCGGCGGCGCUGGUGGUGGCAACGGCGCCCGCACGAAGAACAACGCAGCAACAGCAGGUGGUGGUGGUUCGCUCGACUACCGCGCCAUGGCGGCCACGCCAGCCACUGGUGGGCAGCAGGGCAAGGCCACCAACAACAACAACAACAACAGCGGCAGCACUGGCACUGGCACUGGCACUGUUGGUGACGCCACGGCCAGCAAGAGCAGCAAGAACAAGAAGAAGAACAAGAAGAAGAACAAGGCCAAGGCCGGGAGCGCCGCGAAUGACAUGGCAGCGCGGCUUGGUGACGAGUUUGAUGAGUUUGGAAUCCGUCGACAGAAGAGCAGCGACUGGCACGAGGUGUUGCGGGGCGAGUCGACAGACGACAAGCUUGCCCGCAGCCGCAAGUACAAGGACCCCUGCCGCUAUGGCAUACACUGCAGCAACGCCGCCCAGUGCACGUACAAGCACACGCCGUGGGAGGUGGCCAUGUUCAAGCGGUUUCCUAACCACAAGUUUCUGUUGUACAAGAGCAGCCGGUGUAUCAAUGAGCGCCCGCACAACCCGGCGGACUGCCUGUUCUCGCACGGGCUUGAGAACGACGAUAUGGAAUGGUGCGUCUCCUGCAAGCAAGAGGGGCAUCUCACCAACAACUGCCCUUACACCCGCAAGAAGUGA